ACAAGCAAGUGUCUUCUUCUCCUUCCGAUCUCUCUCUCUCUCUCUGGUGUGCAAAAGCUACCGACUCCAUGGCUCGACCACUGCUGUUACUCUACUAUAUGUCUCAUCGCCGGUUCACGGAUUCAUUAAGAGGGUUUUUCUUCAUCCCUGCAGCCUUAGCACUCGUUACGUCCCUUUCCGUUCUUGUGUACAUAUCUUCCACAUCCAAUUUCUUCUACCAUACCCAUCAAACUAGUCUUCAGUUCAUACAUCCAGAUGACCUUUCCACAUUCUUUCAACCGACCACACGCACCAUUCAAAUUUCUUACUCAAUCGAUUCUUUUCUAUCGCCGAAAUUUGCCGAACCAGAUACAAAUUCUCAAUUGCCAAAUAACCAAGGUACGGUUGAAGUUGAACCAUUCAAGACAGUUGGAACAAGUUCAGAUGGGAGCUAUUUGGAGAGUGAUGAGUUGUUCCAUAAUACUAGAGAUAUAUUUCUGAAGAAUUAUGAGGAGAUGAAUAAAAGCUUCAAGAUAUUUGUUUAUCCUCACAGGAAAACCGAUCAAUUUGCUCAUGCAUUCUUGCCUGUAGACUUCGAACCUGGAGGUAACUAUGCAAGUGAAAGCUACUUCAAAAAGGUUCUUAUGAAAAGUCAUUUCAUUACCAAGGAUGCUUCUAAAGCGGAUUUAUUCUUUAUGCCUUUCUCGAUUGCAAGGCUGAGACAUGAUAGCAGGGUAGGUGUAGAAGGAAUCCAAGAUUUUGUUAAGGAAUACAUCUUCAAUAUCAGUCAUCUUUAUCCUUACUGGAACCGGACUGGUGGGGCUGAUCACUUUUAUGUAGCAUGUCAUUCGAUAGGACGUUCAGCAAUGGACAAAGCAGAAGAAGUUAAAUUCAAUGCUAUUCAAGUCGUGUGCUCCUCCAGCUACUUCCUUUCUGGUUAUAUUCCUCACAAGGAUGCUUCAUUGCCACAGAUAUGGCCAAGACAUGAUGAACCACUUGAUGUUGCUUCCUCAAAGAGGGAACAACUUGCCUUUUUUGCUGGAUCAAUCAACUCUCCAGUUCGUCAUAAGCUUCAUGAAUUAUGGGGAAUUGAUUCUGAAAUCUCAGUCCAUUUUGGUCGGCUCACAACAUCCUAUGAUCAAGAAAUUCUUAAAAGCAAGUUUUGCCUACACGUCAAAGGCUAUGAAGUCAACACUGCCCGGAUUAGCGAUGCAAUAUAUUACGGAUGUGUACCUGUGAUCAUAGCAAACCAUUAUGAUCUCCCAUUUUCAGAUAUACUAAAUUGGAAUAGCUUCUCAGUCGUUGUUGCCACAUUGGACAUACCAAUUCUGAAGAAAGUCUUGAAACAAAUUAACUCCAGUGAAUACCAGAAGUUACAAAGUAAUGUUUUCAAGGUACGAAAACACUUCCAAUGGCAUACUUCUCCUGUUGAUUAUGAUGCAUUUUACAUGGUUAUGUACGAGCUUUGGCUCCGGAGAACCCUCUUGAGGGUUCCAUUGAGUGAUUUCAUGGAUGCAAAUAUAUAACUUAUUUGAACAAUUGCUAAUGAAGGUAAGGUUUUCCAUGUCAAUAUAUUAGUUAUCACAUUAUCCAUUUACUAGCUAGAAAUAAUACUUGAUUCAUUGUGA